CUUAAUAGUUAAUUUGAAUGUUUCAUUAAUUUUUAAUUUUGAAGAAUAAAAGAUUUGCAAAAUGAAGUUUAGCAAAACAAAAUUGUGUAUAUGGCUUUGCAUAAUACUAGUUGUGAACCAAGCCUCUUCGGAAAGUGCAAAACAAUUGGUUGAUGAUGUUGUCUUACCCCUUGCAAUUAAGAUAGUCCCUGCCUUGUCCAUACCACCACCUGUUGGGCCCAUAAUUGUUGCCGGAUUAAGUGUGUUGCAGAUAGCUUCAAACUUUCUUAAAUCUGAUGACAAAGAAGACAAUAGCCAGAAAGAAGUCGAAAACCCAAUUACCAAAUUAGACUUGAAAGAAUUCCGAGAGAAUAUUACGGAGCAAUUCGAAACUAUGGAAUCACUAAUACUUGUGGAGUCUACUAGGAUUAUACGUGAACUUUUAAUGGCCAUUGAGACAAAUGGAUUUUUUGAAGAUUUGCGUCAAACUGUUGAUUAUCUUCAGAGAACAUUUGCUGAUAUGAACGAUAUUGUUAUUGAUCCUCAAUUAAAUGGAACUCAAAAACACCUUUUUAUCGACGAUAUGUUAAGUUACAGCAGUGAUUAUAGGUACAAAUUGAGAUCCUUCGUUAGUAAAUUUAUCAAAGCAAAUGUCAAUGAACUGAUGUUGUUUAAACAAAAUAAACUAUUCUACGAUUUUAUAUUAGAAAAACAAAGUUAUAUGGCUGCUUCACAGGACGAUUGUAGUCUGGAUUCAAUGCACAACAAAAUGUACAAAUCGUUCCUCUAUAUGAUAAAACUUCUAACUGAUGGCUAUAGUAUGGCUGUAUCGGCUCAUAUUGUAAAAUAUCAAGAUGAAUUAAAGUAUGACGUAGAAUCAGCCGAAGAACUUGCAAAUAACGCUCUGUGGCUUAUCGAUGAAUAUAAAAAAGAUAUAAAAACAUUGAUCGAAACUACAAAAUCGGCUUUAGAAAAAGCUCCACGGGAAAUUCGAAAUUGCGGAACUUUCGAUUUAAUAGAAGGAAAAACUUUUGAACGAGUAUCUUUCAGUCACAUGCUUCCAAAAAUAUUCUACUUUGAGUAUAUAGAUGCUUUUUAUUACAAAUGCAGAACAGAAACCGAUUUUGCUAAUUUAACGAAUUAUGACUUUGUUGAGUGCAGGAAUUACACUGAUCUUAUUCCAUUUGGUUCUCAAUUAAAGAUCCCUCUUGAUAUUGGUAAACGUCCUCUUGGUAAAGGUCCAUUUAAUUUUAUGAAAGUCAAAUUACCUGAUGAAACUGAAGAAGUUUUUGGGCAUUUUGUGAAGAAAGGAGGCCCAGAAAUUCAGUAUUCUUUCAAAAAUCAUCCCGAUUGUUUCACAACUUUCUGUUCAACGUACAGAAAAAAUCUAUAUGCCAUUUCAAUGAAACGUGUUACAGCCAGUCCUGGAAAUGUGAUCACUGGACUGCGUUUUAGAGUCAGAAAAAGAGUUAUUUAUAUUGACAUUCAGGAGGGAAAAUUUUCGGAUAUAUUAACUGUCGACCCCAAAACUGUUCAUUGGACAGAAACUCCUGAAUCUAACCAGAUCCAAUACUUAGGCUCUGGACUUAAUAAAUUCGAAUUGGGUGACUUCCAAUUGAGGAAAAAUAGUUUAUUAACAUCUGUUCAAUUUACAAAGGGACUUCACAAAGGAUUGAUAAGAGUAUUUAUCGAUGGUUUAACCCCUCCAAAUAUGAACAAUACUGACUCAGUGAGCUAUGAAAACAACGAUCUUGAAUUAAAUGAACUUCAACUCUCUGAAGGUGAUAAUCCAACAGAGAUGGGCAAUGUCAACUCUAAAAACAUGAUUUCAAAACCUCCUGUUCCUGAUCAACGUUACUUCGUAACAUUCCAGCCGUCAGAUUUCAAAAAAGAUUUCGGUCAAUCAACUAUUCCUCUAUUGGAUAUCAGAGAAGUUGUCUCGAAUCCUCCAGCACCUUUGAAUGGUUUUGGAUUUUAUCAUGAAGCUGUUAGUGGAUCUGGUGGACUUAUUGCGAUUAAAUUGAUCACACCAAAAUUGACUGACCACCUCGAUGUUUUAAGUGAAAAUUAAUUUAAUCGUUAUGAUUAUGCCAAUAGUCAUUAAGUUAAGAUAAGAUCAUUGACAUAAGAUGAAGUUUUCAGUUGAUUGCCCAGAAGCUUUCUUAGAAAAUUGUUUCAGACAGGAAUUUAGUAUCGGUUGGCAAUACCGAAAGCAAUACACUAACAAACCUUAUAACAAUUCGAGAAUAGAUUAGAUCUUAAAAAGGUUUGGCCAAUAUUAAAGUACUAAAGUAUCGUACUAUUUUUUUAAGAUUUAAGAAAAAGGUUCGUUUAUCAACUGCUUGCGACGCGUUCAGUUGAAUAUUUUUUAAAUUGAUUAAGUAUGACUCUGGCAAAAUAAAAUUUACGAGCUCGGAUGAAUUUCUUAAAGUUCCUUAAACUAAAUUAAAUCAUGGUAUACUAUUACUAAGUGAGUCCGCGCCUAAGCAAAAAUCAAAGUUGUUAAAUUUUGAUUAUUUUUUUGUGAUUAACUUAAAUUUUCAUUUCAAUUACAAGUAAUAAGUAAUUCAACUUUUUUCCAAAACAAUUAUUAAUAGAUUUAAUUGAAAAAUGUACAUUGUAUAGAAUUGUUUUAAUUGUAAUAAGUUAUAAAAUACACUUAUUGAUUACUUGUAUUUGAAAAUUGUAAUGGUUUUUUUUUCAAGCUCUUAAGAGCACUUUAAAAUUACAGUUAAGAUAACUAAUAUUUUUAUUUAUUAUUUUAUUCAUGACUGUCAUAUCAUUAGUUUUGUUUUCAAAAGUAAUUGGCGCUUUCAAUUACAUGUAGUAAUUGAAAUGCUUGCAUUUUUUUUAAAUAAUUGAUUUAGUGUAUGAAGAUUUCAAUUAAAAGUUAUUGUAAUUUAAUUUGUUUGUAAUCAUAUUUCCUAACUCUGGCGUAAAUGUACAAAACUAAACUUUUUCGCUGAAUUAUAAGUUG